CCCCGCCCCGUCCUCGGACAUGUGUGCGCACCACACAGCUAUCAUGGCGUGCUGCUGCUGACUGGGUGUACACAGCAACCUCAUGAUGGAUAGCUUCAUCGCCAACGCUGACAUCGCCGACAUGCGAGCGGUCGUCCGCACAUUACUGGCGACGAGCCCACCAGACGUCACAGCUGCAUUCCACGAUGCUGCGCGGAGACGACUGGACAAGAUGAACGCGAAACAGCUCAGCCCGUCAACACAGCUCUUCUCCAAGUCCUCCGACGGCUUCUCACAUCCCACGCCCGAGCUCGCCGCAGUGCUGCGCCGGGCACGCUCACUAUACGGCGCAGGCAUGGGCUUCGCGAGUCUAUUCCUGCUCACGCAGGUGGUACGGGAGACACUCGGCAUGCGAUGGAAGGAGGACAGCGACACUGCGGACGUCCUCGCGCAUCUCGAUGCGGACGUGACACAGGCGAUCCAGAGCUCGAAGGAGGAACUGGCUGGCGGGCGAGUUGCGGAUCUGAGCGGGGCCCGGGCGACCAUGGGCGACCUGCAGAACGCGCUCAUCCACAGCGAUCGCGAUGCGGAGAUCCGGGGGUGCGAGUCGCCGUUUGAGCGUGCGCUUGCGAGCGUGCAGUACUGGAAGUUCUGAGUGAUGGAUGCGGUGAUUUCGCUCGAUUGGUGUGGACGAGAUGCGUUGGAUAUAUUUAAUCCGCGUCUGCUGGCUGUAUCAUAUAGCAUUAAUCCGGCACGGUUCGUACGGGCGUGUUCGGGACUGACCUCAUGGUUGUAAUACGAACUGUUGUAUUUUCUACUCAUGCAAAUUGGACGCGUGGAAUGCCAUGUACUGUAAGCUUCUCUGACAUG